AUGGAAAUCAUCAUGGGCCUAGGCCUCGCCCUGCCGGUAGUCACCACAACCGGCAUCUCCGUCACAACCGGCGUAGCCCAAGGCGUGAGCGAGCAAAAGAAACAAAACGCCGACGCAGCCAACCAAACACGCAUGCUGAAAUUCCACCUCGACGUCCGCGUCGACGACGACUCAUCACAGCAGCGGAAACCCAACAAAGACGCCGACUUCAACAACUACAUCGUCACCCUCCGCAACGACAAGCUCUGGGUCGAGGCGAAGAGCCCUAUAACGCGAUUACCGGAUAAUGUCGCGCAUCAUCCGUUUACGGGGUUUUAUUUGGCGUACCCGGACAACGACAGGCCGUACACGCGCGGACUGGUGAGCACCAUCAGCGUUGAUCCGCCGAUGCUAAACUGGAUCUACAUCGACAAGGACACGCUGGAGGCCAAGUACGCCAGCCGGAGCGGGAGUAUUGCGCAUCAUGUAGGCAGCUACGAUUGGACGAGUGAAGAGGGGGACGAUUCGUGUAUUACGUUUGAUGAGUGGGAGGGGUUUUUGGCUGUGGAGGAGGCGGAGGGGGAGUGGGCUUUGUACUUUGAUGUGGAGGAUGAUGGGUUGAAGGGGGUGAGGAAGGGGAGGCGGGCGGUGGAGGUUAGUCUGGUUAGGAGGGUGAUUAGCGAGCAGGAGACGAAUAAGUGGGGUUUGGGGAGCGAGGGGAAUAUUGGGUUCAAGAAGACGAGGGAGGUGUGA